CUGAAUAGCUUCACUAGAAUAGUAGAAUCAGGAGAAAUGGCAAAGCGCACCUUCUCCGUGCUGGAGACCUUCCUGAUUUUCCUCCUUGUGAUGAUGACUGCCAUUACAGUGGCACUUCUCAGCCUCUUGUUUAUCACCAGUGGGACCAUCGAGAACCACAAAGAUUCGGGUGGUUUCUUAACCACCCAGCACACCCCAGCAAGCCAGAGUUCCGCAGCCACCUCAGCCUCUCCUGCAACCCCAGCGCCUCCUCUACUUCAGAACUUCAGUGGCUUCCAUAUUGGUGUUGGGCGAGCGGACUGCACAGGACAAGUGUCAGAUAUCAAUUUGAUGGGCUAUGGCAAAGCUGGCCAGAACGCACAAGGCCUCCUCACGAGGUUGUACAGCCGUGCUUUCAUCAUGGCGGAGCCCGAUGGCUCCAAUCGAGUGGUGUUUGUCAGCAUUGAAAUAGGCAUGGUGUCCCAGCGCCUCAGACUGGAGGUCAUGGACAGACUGGAGAGUAAGUACGGAUCCCUGUACAGAAGAGACAAUGUCAUCCUGAGUGGCACUCACACACACUCGGCCCCGGCGGGAUUUUUCCAGUACACUUUAUUUGUCCUCGCCAGCGAAGGAUUUAACAAUCGCAGCUUUGAGUACAUGGUCUCUGGUAUCAUGAAGAGCAUUGACAUAGCACACCGAAAUAUGAAACCAGGCAAAAUCUUCAUGAAUAAAGGAAAUGUCCUGGGUGUGCAGAUCAACCGAAGCCCUACCUCUUACCUUCAGAAUCCACAGUCAGAGAGAGCAAGGUAUUCUUCAAACACAGAGAGGGAAAUGAUAACUUUGAAAAUGCUUGAUUUGAAUGGAGCUGAACUGGGCCUUAUCAGUUGGUUUAGCAUCCACCCAGUCAGCAUGAAUAACACCAACCACCUUGUAAAUAGCGAUAAUGUGGGCUAUGCAGCUUACCUUUUUGAGCAGGAGAAGAACAAAGGAUACCUCCCUGGCCAGGGGCCCUUUGUAGCAGCCUUUGCCUCCUCAGCCCUAGGAGAUGUGUCCCCCAACAUUCUCGGCCCGCACUGCGUCAAUACGGGAGAGUCCUGUGACAACGCCAAUAGCUCUUGUCCCAUUGGUGGGCCCAUCAUGUGCAUGGCUCAGGGACCUGGCCAAGACAUGCUGGACAGCACCCAGAUGAUAGGCCGGGCCAUAUACGAACGAGCGCAGGAACUGUAUGACUCUGCCUCCCAGGAGGUGACUGGGCCAGUAGCUUCAGCUCACCAGUGGGUGAAUAUGACCGAUGUGACCGUCUGGCUGAAUUCUACACACACAGCAAAAACAUGCAAACCAGCACUGGGCUACAGUUUUGCAGCUGGAACCAUUGAUGGUGUUUCCGGUCUCAACUUUACACAGGGGACAACAGAAACAGAUCCAUUUUGGGAAUCCCUUCGGGACCAGCUCUUGGGCAGACCAUCUUAUGAAAUCAAAGAGUGUCAUAAGCCAAAGCCAGUCCUUCUUCACACUGGAGAGAUAACCAGACCUCAUCCCUGGCAUCCAGAAAUUGUUGAUGUUCAAAUUAUUACUAUUGGGUCUUUGGCCAUAGCUGCUAUCCCUGGAGAACUGACGACAAUGUCUGGACGAAGACUUCGAGAGGCAGUUCAAGCAGAAUUCGCAUCAUAUGGGAUGAAGGAUAUGACCAUUGCAAUUUCAGGUCUAUGCAAUGUUUACACACAUUACAUAACCACUUAUGAAGAAUACCAGGCCCAGCGGUAUGAGGCUGCAUCUACGAUUUACGGACCACACACUCUGUCCGCGUACAUCCAGCUCUUCAGGACUCUUGCAAAGGCCAUUGCUACGGACACAGUAGCCAACAUGAGCAGCGGUCCAGAGCCUCCAGUUUUCAAACAACUGAUACCUCCGCUUAUCCCCAAUAUUGCGGACAGAGCACCGAUAGGCAGAAACUUUGGGGAUGUUCUGGAGCCAGUGAAGCCUGAAUACAGAGUGGGAGAAGUUGCUGAAGUCACGUUUGUAGGUGCUAAUCCAAAGAAUUCAGCAGAAAACCAAACCCAUGAGACCUUCCUCACUGUGGAGAAAUAUGAUGACACUACAACAGCCUGGCACAUAAUGUACAACGAUGCUUCUUGGGAGACUCGGUUUUAUUGGCACAAAGGAUUACUGGGUCGGAGCAAUGCAACGAUUGAAUGGCAUAUUCCAGAGACUGCCCAGCCUGGAAUCUAUAGAAUAAGAUAUUUUGGACAUAAUCGGAAGCAAGAAAUUCUGAAGCCUGCAGUUAUACUCUCCUUCGAAGGCUCUUCCUCUGCUUUUGAAGUUGUGACUACUUAGCAGAAAGCUGACGGAUAUUUAAAGAACAGCUUUACUCUGUGUGCGUUAUGUAACUAGUUUCACGGAAGUGUGAAUCGCCAUUUGGACUUCUAUAAUUGUCCCUGUUUGGGGACGGAUAGUUUUCUGCUGGGACAGAGUCGUGUGUGUGUGUGUGUGUGUGUGUGUGUGUGUGUGUGUGUGCGUGCGCGCGCGUGUGUGUGUAAAGACAAAGGGAGAGAGGGAAAGGGAGCAAGAGUGAAAGGAGGAGGAGUGUGGGCGGUGUGUCCGCGUCCCAUGUGUCUUAACUCCAGUAGCCGUGCGCCAGUGGUCUACGGCUGAGCAUGAUUUAUUUCCCUUGAGGCCUUGUGAUUAUUCAAAGGACAAUUCUCUUCAAUAUGAAACCUCUGACACGUUGACGAGAACGUUCCAAGAUGUGGCCUAUUUAUUUAUAGAAUUAUUGAAUGUUAACACUGGAUACAUUUAUAAAUUUGUCUGGAUUGAUGCUGUAUUUUACAGACAGGAAAAAUGAGGUUUUGUAGAUUUCAGAUUCAAAUUAGCUGAUAGCACCUUCCCCUCCCCCACUGCAUUUAAAAAAUAUUAUGUAACUUUGCCAUAAAUGUAGAAUCCUAGAGAAACAGAAAAUCAGCAUGUCCGUUUCCCUGCAUUCACAUAAGCAUAGUCCUUCUUAGCAGUCACUCUGGCAUGGGUGUGCCUCGGCAAGAGUCAAUGCUCGCGUCGUUUCUGGAAUUCCUUUCAGAUCCCAAUUAUGAGAAGUCAGACUUGGAAUAUGUUGAUCUUGCCUUGUAUUUUCCUAAGUGUCCUUAUUCCAAGAGAUUGUAUCCCUUUUUCUUAAGAUUUAUUCUAAGUCAAUUGUUUUCACCAAUUAAAUUC